UCUUUAAAGAGAUAAGUUUGUGGAAAACAACGUAAAUGGUAGGAAAAGCUAAGACGACAAUUUUUACAAUUAUAGAAAUCUACAUCUUAUUUUUUCGACAAAAUACUUUUGCAUCAACCCUCCAUUUAUGCUAUAUAUGAUUUUGAAAAAUGAGUUUUAUAAGCGAAUUAUCCCAGUCCAAAGAAUAUUUGAGCUUCAGAAGCAGUGUACCUCUAAAAGUUAUAGUUGUGGAUAAUAAUGAUAAAAAGGGAUGGAAAGUUUUUGAUUGUGGACCAAAAUCUAUAAAAUGUCCUCUUGUGUGUGUACCCCCUGUGUCAGGAUCCGCUGAUAUCUAUUUCAAACAAGCGUUGAGUUUAUCAGCUAAGGGAAUAAGAGUUAUAUCUGUUGAAGCACCUGUCUACUGGAAUGUGAGAGAUUGGUGUGAAGGUUUUAGAAAACUUUUGGAUCAUUUAGGUGUUGAAAAGGUUCAUAUUUUUGGUGCCUCCUUAGGUGGUUAUUUAGCACAGAAAUUUGCCGAGUAUGCACAUCUCAAUCAAAGAGUGGCAUCACUGAUUUUAUGCAAUACAUUCAAUGAUACCUCAAUUUUCAAUUCCCACGAAUCGGCUGCUUUAUAUUGGCUAUUACCAGCCCUGGUACUUAAAAGACUGAUUAUUGGCAAUUUCAAACCUAAUAAGGUAGAUUGCAGCAUUAUGGAAGCUGCAGAGUUCAUGGCAGAAAAGUUGGAAAGCUUAAGCCAAAUAGAAUUAGCAAGUCGACUAACAUUGAACUGUUUGAAAGGAUACGUAGAAGCUCAUAAACUUAGAGACAUUCCAGUAACAAUAAUAGAUGUUUUCGAUGAGUAUGCUUUAUCAGGUGCUGUUAGGGAAGAACUUUACAAGUGUUACCCAGAAGCUAAAAUUGCAAACAUGAAAUCUGGGGGUAAUUUUCCAUACCUGAGUCGUUGCCAAGAAGUUAAUUUGUAUAUUCAGAUUCAUUUGAGACAAUUUGACGAUAAUGAUCUUUCACCCUCUAACAUGCCUUUAUUGAACAGAUGCUGACUAUUUAUGUGUAUGAAGAUUUUUUGUUACGAUUUAUUCAUUUACAGAAUAAAGAAAACGAAUAUAUAUUUAUAUAUUGCAUUUGCAUCAAUAUGUUCUUGAAUUGAUGUUUGUAAUAAUUUUAAUCAAGUUCUUUGACCUUUUGUCAUAAAUAAAUAAGUAUGUUAA